UCAACUUUCACUCAAUACAAUUUUCGGAGUAAAAACAUGAUACCUCGUACACAUUCAAACCAAAGGAAGGCUAGCCAACAAGUCCAGGAAGCCACAUUCAUGGCAGCAGGUGCACAAAAAACAGAAACACAGGUUCAUGAUGACGGUGUUUACAAAGAAAUUGAGCUAGCUGAGUACGAUGGAACUCAAGACCUAGUGGAACACGUGCAAGGAUAUAGAAUGGCAAUGAUGGUAUAUGGAGCCUUAAAUGCUCUAUUAUGCAAGCAAUUCCCAACAACUUUCAGGAAAGCUGCGCAAGCUUGGUUCACAACAUUGCCAAAAAAAUCUAUCCAGACCUUUGAUCAAUUUGCGAAUAUGUUCAUCAAUCACUUCACGGCCAGCAGAGCUCCUCGAAAGACCAACUAUCAUCUUUUAACAAUUAAACAAAAAACAGGAGAGUCACUAAGAGCCUACAUAGCAAGAUUUCACAACGAAACUGUGCAAGUAGAAAGAUUGGACCAAAGCGUGGCAAUGCAUGCUCUAAUGGACGGACUCAAAGACUCAAGACCGUCGAGAAAGGAGGUACCAGUAGUGGGAAUCAUCACAAUACCUAUCCAUGUUGGCGAUACUGCUCAAAAAGCUGUGGUAACUUUGGACUUCUUUGUCGUAGACAUACCAUGCUCUUUUAAUGCAAUCUUAGGAAGACCAGGAUUGAAUGGCUUACAAGCAGUAAUCUCUACAAGCCAUAUGAUGAUCAAAUUCCCUAUGCCAAAAGGUAUUGGAGUAGCAAGAGGAAGAUUUGUAGAAAUUCAGGAAACUGUCACAGCACAAGUCUUUGAACAAUCAGAAGCCCGGAAACUGCGGCCUAAGUCUCGAGCCUGGGAUUUAAUUGCAACAGGUGACAUUUGGAGAAGAAGAGCAUUGAUGGUAAAUACAAUGGAUGCACGAGAAGGUAUAAACGAACAACGAGCAGAGUCCAUUGAUCGCACCAAAUCUGUGGUACUCACCUCAAAAAAUCCAGACAAAACAACGAAUGUAGGAGCAGAUAUGGACCCAGAAUUUACUGCAAAACUAGAAGAAUGCUUAAGAAGGAAUGAAGGUACAUUUGUAGGAAGUGCAGCUGACAUGCUUGGGAUAGACCCUAAAGUCGCAUGCCAUAGGCUCGGGGUACCCCCAGAAGUUGUGUCGGUCAGGCAAAAGAUGAGACAAUUUGGAGCCGAAGGAACCGUAGCUAUAAAGGAAGAAAUAGAGAAAUUAAAAGAAGUAGGAUUUAUAAAAGAAAUAAACUUCAGUGAGUGGUUAUCUAACGUCGUCAUGGUAAAAAAGGCAAAUGAGAAAUGGCGCAUGUGCAUUGAUUUCACUGACCUUAAUAAGGUGUGCCCCAAGGACAACUAUGCAUUACCAAACAUAGAUGAGUUAGUGGACAAUUCCUCCGGAUAUGAAGUACUCAGUUUUUGUGACGCUUAUUCCGGAUACAACCAAAUCCCACUGGUAGAAGAGGAUCAAGACAAAACAGCUUUCAUUGCGGCAGGAGAAACAUACUGCUACAUAGUGAUGCCAUUUGGCCUAAAAAACGCAGGAGCAACAUACCAGCGUUUUGCAAACAAAAUCUUUGUGUUGUUGAAAAGAAACCACGAAAAGCUACAAAAGCUCAGAUUUUGGCAGAUUUUGGCAGAUUUCAUAGUAGAAUUGAGUAAGGAAGAAAAAGCUGCGCUUGACACACCUUUACCAACACCCCUCGAAAAACAACAAUCAUCAGAAAUAGAAGAAGAGCAAGCAAGGGUAAUUUCGCUAGACCUUUGCUGGGUCCUCCAUGUUGAUGGAUCAUCAAGUGAAAAUGGGAGUGGCACAAGAAUCAUACUGACAUCACCAGAAGGAGAAACCUUUGAAUACGCACUAAAGUUUACAUUUGAGGCAUCCAACAAUAGAGCAGAGUACGAGGCUCUAUUGGGAGGACUUCGGUUAGCAAAAGCUGUGAAUGCAGAGUACAUAAAAGUAUUUAGUGAUUCACAAUUAGUAGUAUACCAAAUAAAAGGAAAUUUUAACGCUCAGGAAACAGUAAUGACAAAAUACCUAGAAAAAGCUGCGCAACUCCUUAAACCAUUCAAAGGAUACAAAAUGCACCAUAUAAAAAGAAUCGAAAAUUCAAAAGCUGAUGCGUUGGCCAAAUUAGCAAGUUCAAGAGUCAUAGAAUCAAGAAAAGAGAUAUACGUUGAAGAACUGAGCUCCCCCUCAAUAUCUGAAGAAGAAAUCCUAAAGAUAGAAGAAGAAGAAGAAGAAACCUGGAUGAAUCCAAUCAAAAGAUACCUUUCUAAUGGAGAUCUACCUAAAGACAAGAAAGAAGCAAAGAAAGUGAAAAGAAAAGCAACGUGGUAUACAAUCCUUGAAAUUCACGAAGAAGAAUGUUCCAACCAUAUAAGAGCAGAAUCACUAUCAUACAAAAUCCUCCGCCAAGGAUAUUUUUGGCCAACCAUGAAGAUGGAUACAAGGGAGUACGUCAAGAGAUGUGACAAAUGCCAAAGGUUCACUCGAAUACAACACCAACCUUCAAAUCCUCUGCAUAUGGUGACAGCUCCAUGGCCCUUCACAAAAUGGGGGAUGGACAUCGUUGGGCCCUUCCCAGAAGCAAAAGGAAAAAAGAAGUACCUUAUAGUUGCAAUAGACUACUUCAUGAAAUGGGUUUGGAACACCAAAAAUCCUGAUCACGGACAAUGGGACCCAAUUUGCAAGCGAAUCUUUCAAAGAAUUCUGUCAAGCACAGAAUCUGGAAGACGAUUCACAAUCAAAGCUCAGUUAGAAAAUGAAGGAAAAACACCAGAACAAAUUGAGCAGAGAUUUGCUUCAGUAGCUUACCCAGAGUCAAAUGGACAGGCAGAAGUUGCCAACAGAAUCAUAUUAGAUAGCUUGAAAAAGAAGGUAGGAAAGGCAAAGGGUGCAUGGACAGAGGAACUACCAUACACAUUAUGGGCCUACAGAACCACGUACCGCACAUCCACUGGUGAGACCCCAUUCAAUUUAACAUACGGAACAGAAGCAGUCAUUCCAGUAGAAACCAGAAUUUCAACGCAUAGAGCCAGCCACUACAAUGAACACAAAAACAAAGAGACCUUAAGAGCCAACCUAGAUUUGCUAGAAGAAGUUAGGAACUUAUCGCAAAUACGAAUGGCAAGUUACCAUAGAAAAGCAGAAAAAUAUUACAACCGCAAGGUAAAACCCAAAAACCUAUGCAAAGGAGAUUGGGUACUAAGAAAAGCAGAGGUCUUAGAAAGAAAUUCCCGAGAAGGAAAGCUACGCUCAAGCUGGGAAGGACCAUACCUCAUCAAGGAAGAUUUAGGCAACAGAGCCUUCAAGUUGAUACGCCCCACUGGAGCAAUAAUCCUACGGACCUGGAAUGCUGUGCACCUUAAGAAAUACCACCAGUAAGCAAAGGAAAGUAAUCUUGUAAAAUAUUCUCCAUUAAUAUUGCGACUUUCAUUUGAAUAAAACGAGAAAUUUAGC